AUGACACUCAAUGGCGGGACGGCCACCGCCGCGGACACCACGGGUGGCAGUGGGCCAGCCAUCCCAAGUCGACCGUCGGCGGACUCGAUGAAGUUUGAAAAGUAUAGAACCAAAGUGGUGCUCGCCAUCCUCGAAAUUCCACCUUACGACCGAACCGACAGCGACGUCCGCAUCGUGUACCAAUUUCUGAAGGACCGCGAGCUGUUUUCAUUCUUAUCAUCUCACGCUUUGCUAUAUUUGGCUGCAGAGGUCUUUGUAUCGAGAGCUCAGGAUGGCGACGUGCUUCACUACCAGGACGAUGAAGUGACAGGGGAUUCUUGCAUGCACAUCAUCCUGGAAGGGAGUUUAUGUGGGUACAAGAGUGACGCAUUUUCGCAGCGGACAAACCGCGAUGCGUCGUUCCCGCAAUGGUUGGCCACGCAUUGCGCCGAAUCCAACGAGCCUCUCGACUUUGGCGAAUGUGUUACAACGUUCCACAGCGGAGCCGAGUGCGGCUUGACCGAUAUCGCGUCCAAACACACAGUCCACCGAAAGUUUUCCGUGCUUGCUCAAGAACCGACAACAGCCGUGUCCAUUCGAAAGGACACGAUGGAACGGGCGACUGCAUACAUGGGCGCCAAGACCAGCUCGGUAUAUGCCGUACAGGACUCGGCCGACCACCACCAAGAGGAGAAGUCUGUCUUGCAUUCGUUCUUGGCGGCGUUUCCGUUCAUGACUCAGCUCCCGCAACCACUUCAGCUGCGCCUGGUCGACGAUUGCCGUCAGCGCAAGCUUCGAAAGCAUGAGGCGUUGUUGGGCCAAGGAAUCACGUCGCACGAUAUCAUUGUGGUACUGAACGGCCGCCUCGGGUCGUUUCGGCUCGACCGCAACAACAUCGCGACGGCCAUCGAAGCCGGCACGAAUUCUGUGAUGAAGCAUUACGGCGUCGAGCUUGCCCAAGUGACCGCUGGCGAGUCAUACGGUGACUAUCAUCUCUGGAGUGAGGCGGCCACCGAUGCGCGGCAAUCCGCUGAAGCCACGUCACCGCCAUACGUCGUGAGUCUCAUCGCAACAGAGACGACGCACGUGGUGCUGUUGGACCGCCGCCACUACCGGCACAUAGCAGCAACCCACGUACCAGACAACAACCUCGAGGCGAUCGCAGCGAUAACGAGACUGGACCGAACGUGGCGCGACGUGUGCGAUCUCAAGGCCUGGCUGAAAAGAAAAUAUUUUUUCCAACAACUGCCCGAUCGGAUCGUGCGUCGUCUGGCCGAGAGCGCGAUCGGGGCCCCUCCCUGGCCAAUCGACAAGGUCGUAUACAACAAGGCGAGUGACGCUGACUACAUUUACUUUGUCGUGGCCGGCGCUGUCCGCGUGCAGUUGAACGCCGCGGAUCCUGGUAUCGACGUCCUGCCUGGAGACAUGUUUGGUGUGGAUGAGGUCGGCGCCAAGCGAAAACGGCAGCGCGUGGCCAUAACAAAAGCCGCCGACACGAUUCUCCUCAAGUUUCCCUCGUCAGUUUACAUGGAGUGCCUCGUCGAGUUGGCGGUCGACUUGACGUUCGCGCCGUCGACUGGUUUCCGCGCAUUGGAAUGCUACGCUGCCCCUCCGUCUGUCGCCGACGUAAACGAGCUGGCCAAGUUCUUUCGAAACGUUCGCGUGCUAGCUCACCUUCCGUUCUACGUAAUGUUGGAGCUCGUGCCAUACUUCCGCGUGCGGAACUUGGAUGUGGGGGACCUCGUGUGCGCCGAGGACAACGCCACCGACGAAUUUGUGUCAGUCGUGGCAGGAAAAGUCGCGUGCCACAGCCGCGAUCGCGCCGACGAAGCAGCCGAGCACUUGUUCCAAUCCCAUCCGUUGGUGCAUGUUCCGUCGAUGCAUCGAGAGCAAGUGUCGAGCGAUGCCAACACGUGUCCUGCCGGCGCGACCAGUAUGGAAAAAACAUUCGCCGUGAUGUAUGGCACCCCUGUGCAUGUGUUGGAGCCUGGGGACACUUGCCGCACGGGUUACAUUGACGCAACAGCCAUGCGACGAGCACCGAUGACGAUGGUGGUGACGGCGCCACAGACGACCGUCGUGGCCAUUUCGGAACACGAUGCUGGACAAGUUCUUCAGCGCCUUGUCGAGUGGAGCAAGCCGAAUCGCAACAUGAAAGACUUGGUCGUUCAAGUUGGCAGCUUGGACGCGGCCGGAACGAUUCAAUUUGCACCCGACGAAAUUCAGCAAGUGUUGGCCCAUUUAAGGUAUCCAGUCGACCACCCAGACAAAGUCGUCAUGGAUACCAAAUGCAUGCAAUUGCAGCCGGGGGACGUGGUCGUUCACGCUGGGGAGCUUAUCAAGCAUUUAGUUGUCGUUGUGUCUGGCCAGCUGGCUGUGUCGGUGAUUCAGCCCAAGCUUAACACAGCGCCGCAUACCACGACCAACCAAAACACCAACGUCUUUACGAAACUCCUUACGUCCAACUUCAAAAGCACUUCAAAAACGUUGGCGGCGGUGGGGAUUCGGGACGGUCGACGGUUCUCGACAGUUCUCCCAUCCAUCGCAAAGAUGAGCAAGCAAACACCGUUCUGGCAAAAGCCGUCCACGAUUGUUCCCCUACCUAGCCAGCGGUCGUCCUUGCUUCGACUCGAUGUAUCACCAGGCAGCAAUAUCUCGGCUAAGACGGUGCACACGUCGUCGUCCGCUCAGUUGAUGCACAAGGAUCCAUUCCCUACAAGCAAAGACGACGGCGGGAACGUGUCCGCAAUGCCAAAUCGAAUGCGACCGAUCGUCACACUACUGCCAGGGGAUGUGUGGGGUGGGGAGGUAGUUUUUACGAGGAACUGGCCCAGUCUCCACGACGUCGUGGCGGAGUCCGUCGUAGAAGUGAUGCUAUGUCCGAGAGAGACGUUUGUCAACCUCCGCCGCGAGGCUGUCGCAGCCCGCUCCAAGAAAUCCGAUUCGCACUCGAAGCGCAUCCUCGCCAAAGCGCACUGGAAGCGUGCCAACAACAAGGUCGUGGAAACUAUCUUGAGCUCCACCAACAGCGCCGAGGAAAAGCCAAAGUUCUGGCGCCUGCUCGAUCAAGCCGCGAGCCAGCGCAUCAAGUUGAUCAUCAAGCACCUCUCGCACAUGGAGUUGUUUCAGAGCAUGGAGGACGCUACGAUAUCCGCCAUCGUCGCGUCUGCACGAUACGACACAGUUGAAAAGGGCGAAACAAUCUUCAAGGCCGGAGACGCCCCCAAGCGCUACUACGUAGUCGUGGCAGGCGCCAUUGGCCUGUACUCGCCCCAUGCCCAGCUUGAAGAUGUGUGCCUGAACGUGAUCAAAUGCAGUGGUGGAUUUGGCGAGUUUGAAAUCCUGACCGAGCAGCUCACACGGUCUUUGUCGGCCAUCGCCGAAGACUCGUCAAAGCUCAUUUCGUUUGCGUCGCAAUCGUUCCAUGACCUGUGGGACACUACCAAACUCGACGCGAUGCGCCACGAGAUCAAGUUUUUCCAGCAACUGCACUGGGCCAACCGCCUCGACAUGGACAAACUGGCUCACAUUUAUCACACAGCACAAGCCGUCGGGUACCAAAAAGGCGCCGAUGUCGUCCGUCUCCAUGCGCACAUGAACACGUGCUUUGUCAUCAAAGAGGGCACUUGCUAUCUUGGCAAUGUCCUGCCUGUCCAAGCCAAGAACGGCACGACCGACCAAGUCGACGUCAUGCAGGUAUCAACUCCUCUUGCUCAAGUGUCCAAAGGCCACUCGAUCUGGGUCCUUGGCGUUGCUACGUUCAGCAUGUCGGCCGCGACUGCCAACACCAUCGUGUACCAUAUCAGCUACGACUUUCUCAAAGCAAUCAUGCCCAAGCACCACCUGGGACGGCUCGAGCGACAGGUCAAACAGCGUGACCAAUAUCAUGCCGAUCAAUCCGCCCGCCUACGACAACUGGCGCUCAACGUGCUCAACACCCGCACGCACGUGGCGAUGAGUGCAGGCGAGCCCGAGAUGUUCCUCCCGCCCAUUGACUUGACCAAGCACGACGUGACGAUGACCGACGUUGUCGCGGCAACGGCGCUCUCGUUGGCCGAAGUGCAGGCCGCCCGAAAAAAGAUCGAUCAAGUGCAGUCGCCAGAGUACACGAAUACCAACGAUCCGAACGACAACAACAAACUGGCGGACGAACGAUCGGUCCCAUCCAAGUUGAUGGGUUCGUUCUGGAAGAGUCGCAAUCCCGGACCGAACUACCACCGACGACAGUCGACCAUACAGCCAGACACAAGUUCAUCCACGAACGCCCCACGAAGGCAAACACCUGCUGCGAAACCAUUCUUCCCGACCGAAGUGCCCGACGUGGACGAAGCGACCUUGGAACAAGCGGCCACGGAAGCGUACUACAUGGAACGGUACGACGUAAAUUCCCCAUUUCGGACGCUGCGGCUCGACACAGUCGACAAAGUGGAGGCUGCCAUGAACGGCCCCCGCAUCGACAUCGAAGCAUACCAAGUACUUCAGUACGUGAUCGAUGCGACUCCGAACGAGGAGGUGGCCAACGACCAAGGGCGGCCACGACAUCCACAAGCAGCCAACCACCACAUCACAGCUCGAACAGCAGCUACCACGAUUGACUUAGCCACUGGUCUGAGACCGUGGAAGCCACCACCCCCCGCCACCAAAAAUCGUUUGCGGCCGGUCAAGACAUCCGAUGGACGACAGCCACGGCUUCCCCCAGCUUCGGCAACAGCGACCAAGGUGGGCAAACUCGCCGUUCGAGUCUUCACCAACCAAGGAGCCAUCGCCAUGGUGCACAUGGUGGCCGAGUUGCGCGGGACGACGCUGCGACUAAGUCGAGGGGAGCGCAGCGACAGUUCCCACGUUGGCGACGUUCAAGCGUUCGAAUGGAAACUCAAGCUUGGCAUGCGGGUGGUGCAAUGGCCAGACAACGCGGCGACGCCGUGGGAAUUCAAACUUGAUGUCGGCGGCAACAACCAGCCACGCGACAUGGUCACGUUCAUGGCGUUGUCGCUGGCAGACAAAGCCCAGUGGGUCGCACUGCUCACCAAAGCCGUGACGUCGUCCAUGCCAGACAAGUCGUCUUCUUCCAUAUUCACCCUCAACCCAAGCCGCAUCAUGCCAGUCAAGAAGCCCGACGUCGUGCGACGCGUUCAGACCGUGACUGAGGAGAUUCUGCCCGCAGUAACGUACGUUGUCGAAGGCUUGGAGCACUGACACUUGGCCUGACGCCAUCGCUCAAACCAUGCCAACGAUUCGUCUAAGACUGGAUAAAAGAACGCCGGCUCGUGUGCUUUCUUGGUGGUUGAACGCCGCACGGUCGUGGUCGCCGAGACCGCGGCGAGCAGUUGCUCGUCCUCUUCCUCGUCCUCUUCCAGAAUCCACGUCUCUGCCCUCGCACGCGACGGCAUCCCACGCAGCUUGAUCACGACUGCCACAGCCACGACACACGCCAGCGAGAACAUCACGAACGAGAGCAUGUUGAUUGUCGGGACUUCGAGGAGCUGCAUGGUCGGUGUGGCAG